AUGUCCGCCGCCAGCUGCUGCCGCCCUCACCCGCCCCAGGGGCCGACGCUGGGCAGGGAUAUCCCCGCCAAGCGGCUGAUCCUGCCCGACGGAGCCGCGCUGCCUCCCGGCGACUACAGCACCACGCCCGGAGGAACCCUCUUCGGGACCACGCCGGGCGGUGAGCGGCCGAGGGGAGGGAGGGAGGGAGCGCCCCUGAGCAUGUGCAGAGCGCCCCUGAGCAGCCCCCCCCCGGCGGGCGUUGGCUCUUGGGACUCCCCUCCGCCCACCCCCUCACUUCCAGUGGGAAGCAGUUCUGGAGUGCCCCUGGGCAUGUGCAGAGUUCCGUUCCCAGGGAGGGCUCGGUGUGGCGGUCCCCCUUCAGACCAAGCUCUAGUAGUGCCUCUGGGCAUGUGCAGAGUUCCGUUCCCAGGGAGGGCUCGGUGUGGCGGUCCCCCUUCAGACCAAGCUCUAGUAGUGCCUCUGGGCAUGUGCAGAGUGACAGCUGCGGGCGGGUAAGCAGGCGGCUUGAUCAGAGGGGAGCAAGAGCGCCUCUGAGCAUCCUUACCAGUGUGAGCUCUUGAGGGAAGUGGGGUGGUAGGAAAGGAUUGGGGGCAGAGACUCCCCUGCCACUCCACAUCCUUUUUGCAAUAAGCACUGGGAUCCCCAGGGCAUCCUCCGAGGGGCAGGGUCUGUUCCUUUGAAAGAAUUGGAGAAUAGGUGUGGAUAAUAUGAAGGUGAACUUCAGCCAGACCUGGGUCAUUCCCCUCUUCUUAAUAACACAUAAGUAAUAUUCAAGUCGGGGGCGGGCGGAGAAAGAGGGAGACAAGAUUUCCUUGGUCACACAUGCAUGAAGUGUGAUUCUCCGUUAACAGAUUGGCCAGUCAGUAUAGGGAGCCAGAGGAUGUAAAAGCCGUGAAAUUCAGAGUUCUGCCUUAACCACAGCACUAAAGGCCAAACUAUUCCUUACGUGGGGAGAAAUGAUUGAAUAUGCUGGAGUCCUUUUGCUAAGAUUACACACACACACACACACACACACACACGUGGCAUUUUCCUGUUGGAAAUCAACCAUUCCCUGAAACGAUGAACUGCCACUUUGUGCCAACAGUAAAUGGAGGAUCCUUGGUUAUGGGGAUUUUGGAGUAGGGGACAGUAGUUAUGGUCAGGCUUGAGUCAUGAUACUGCCUGUUUUAGAAUUAUAAUAACCAAUUAGGAAUAAAUAUUGAGUUUGGAAGGUGGGCAGGGGAAGAUAGUGUAUAAUUCUGUUAAUUUGAGGUCGUGGAACUAAUUACCUAACUCAAGAGAGCAAGCCUAAAACAUCAGAAAUGAUCUUCAUUGUGUGGAGAAAUGUUUUGUCUUUAUGCUGUGAAACAAGUCUUUGGUUUAAAAGCUUUCUGUCCUUGGCUUCAGUGCAGGAAACUGCACAAAUGGCUGAAACCAAAACAACUGAUUGCAAACGGUGCAGAUUAAGCCUGGUUGGUGCAUGCCUUCAAAGAGGCUUUGUGUUCAGGGGCAGAGAAUGGGUACCCCGAGGUUGGGGAGUGGGGAGGGACUGCCGGAGAAUACGAGAGUGGAACAUAUUUGUUCUUUGGAAGAAUUUGGGCUAGGGAUCAUGUGCAUAGUUCAGGCGACUCUCAAUUUACAGGGGUCCUGCCAGCACUCCAUGCAGAUUAUUAGGCUUUUUGCCACCCCUGAUGUUGAGAACAAAGUAGUGAAUUUCUUAGAUGCACUUAGGUGCGGAAUUUAACUUGGAGUGACUUAAGGCACCGGUGAAAAUGCCUGAACACAGGGCACAUAAUUUGGCAUUGUGUUUCAUAUUGGGGGCUUGCUGAAGACUAUGCACUGAAAGUAGAAGAGCUACAUCUCUAAAUAAUAAGGUUGCAACAGCUGAGGCAGCACUCUUUUGUCUGAACCAGCACUAUGGUUCAGUUAAAGACUGUUUCUGUCUUCUCUGUGUUUACUGUUAUGUCAGACAGUAGUAAAUCUCUUGAAAAGAAUGUGACUUUCUGGAACUGGGUGAUGGCUGAGCAGGGCGUGAUUUGUGGAAUUAUGUCUACGGGUCUGUCAGAAAAAAAGCUGUUGCUUUCUGUUAGGCAUGAGACAGUUGAUACUAAAUGAUUAUAUUGGCAUUAGCGGAGAGCAGUCCUGGAGGCUCAAGUGUAUUUGUUUGAUUAGGCUGCAAUCCUAAUACCAUGGAAUACCUGUGGAAUUCAAUGGGACUUACUUCUGAGUAGACGUGGUUAGAAUGCCAGCCUUAAGUCGCCUAGCACAGUGCAGAGGACUUAAAUUCCAGUUUAUAAAACAGCAUACAAAAUUGUGAACAGCAAAUUAUGUUUGCCUGCAUAAAGGACAGCCAUAGUCCUCUAAGCUGUCAUGUGUAUAACUUUUUUCCAGAGUUUAUCUGUGUACAAUGGUUUAAUCAAAGGCUGCCGAAACCUCCCCAGAAUGAUAAGAAUAAAAGAUAAUGAGCAGCCUUCAGUCCAUUGCCCCUUCCAAUUUAUUAGCAUUGCUGAGCAGAUGUCCACAGCCAUAACUGUUCAUAAAUUACUGGAAGUAAAAAAUACAGAGAUCCUUCCAGCGUGGAGAACAUUCUGUUAUAAGCGCCGAUGUAGUAAUUCUAAUGGGUUGUUUUUGAAUAAAAACUGUUCAGUAGCUUUAUUGUUAUAUCAGUCCAAGAGAAUGAGCCGUGCUGAGGAAUGCUAGUAAUUUCUUUUAUUUGACUAAUAUCCAUCUGUGUGCAAACUUCUCUGGUUCCUCAUGCAGAAGUGUUGCUAGGCUUUAAAAUCUGUACGCUGUUGUCAACUAAAAGCAAUUGUUGCUUUUUUAAUAGAUUGUUUGAAGCGAGUUAAACUGUGUGGCAGACAUGCAAAGGCAAAAUUUAAUUCUUUGGGCAUGUCCUUUUCUGUCUGAAAGUCAUACUGUUGAUAUGAGUAGUUGAAGACCAGAGGGUAAAGUACCGGUAGCUAGAAUAGCCUUGUGUACCUGAAACUGUAAUCAACUGGUGAAGCUUCCUGCAACCCUGUAGCUCAGUGUUUCCCAAACUUGGGUCCCCAGCCGUUUUUUGGACUACAGUUCCCAUCAUCCCUGACCAUUGCUCCUGCUAGCUAGGGAUGACGGGCACUGGAGUCCGAAAACAGCUGAAGACCCAAAUUUGGGAAACCCUGCUAUAGCUCAUAGAGAACUUGUGGCUCUCAAGAUGUUGUUUGACCCCAGCUCCCAUCAGUCCCAGCCAGAGAGGCCAAUGGACAGGAAUUAUGGGAGUUGUAGGCCAACAUGGACAGCCACAUGUUCCCUAUCCCUGCUUUAGCGCUUUUAUGCAAAAAUUGGCAGGAAGCAAUGCCUGAGAAAAUACAGUAUGGUACACCCAAGUUUUGCUCAUCAGCCGUCUUUCUCCCUGCUACCUCCGUUGUGGUUGCCCCACACCUGCUAAGCACACAGGUCAAGGAUUGGUGUGAGAUAUGCACAGGUGCCGUGGCCUUGCAAGAAUCAGCAAGCUGAAUCCGCGCACCAGGGACAUGGGGCGUGGAAGAGGCAUGCCUGGCUUUGUUUGUUUUUGUGUGAAGCAUGAUUCCUUGGCAGCCACCCAGACUGCUUCAUAACAUUAACUGUUUUGUAGCAUGUAGCAACGCACAAAUAUAAUGGAGCAGGUAUCUUGCAAAGAACAGAAGUGGUUUGCUUAGUGAGCAAUGUAAAAGCUUCUGUGACGGUUCAUGGAAGGCUCCAGACUGUGCAUAAACUUCCUGGGUGUUAGCAUCGCUUACAGUGUUUAACUUGUUGGAAAUGUGUUUAAACAGUCUUGUUGCUCUAGAUUGAAAGGUUGUUGUGGACCAGAAACCACAUUGUUGUGUCAUAGUAGAGACCACUUUGUGAGAGGCAUGAACUAUUACCCCUUGAUUGGCAGGCUGUGUAUUUGUAUACAGCUCUUAGGCAUAGAGGGGGGAAAUAGUAAGCACGGGGUCAAAAAAUAUGAGAUACGGGUACAGUUUGUGACAUUUCUAUGCAAAAUUCAAAUAUUCAAAUUCAGAGCAGGGUGAUGCUUCAUGCAACUGACUAAGUGGGCUGUGUUGGACAUAAUCUUAUGCCAUAAUGACCUUAUGCAUCUGUUACUCUUUAGGUCAGGCAUCCCCAAACUCGGCCCUCCAAUUGUUUUGGAACUACAAUUCCCAUGAUCUCUGACGACUGGUCCUGUUAGCUAGGGAUGAUGGGAGUUGUAGUCCCAAAACAUCUGGAGGGCCGAGUUUGGGGGUGCCUGCUUUAGGUGCUACAAAAUGCAUGGCUAUUCUUCUGGAGUUUGUAAGCUGGGAAUUAAACAUACUUAACAAGUUAUUGCUGUCUGCUAAUUAGUAGAAACCUGAAAUGAGAGCCUUGGGUUCUCAGAGUCAGAAGUCCUAGAACCUAGAAUAUUUUACUGCACCACUAUAAUUUUACUUUAUUUAAAGCCUUUUUACCCCGUUUUUCUGCAGAAAAUCCUCACAGAGUGGCUUAUGGGUCAAUAAAAAAACAGGACAGUCUCUGCCCUUGUGUUUGCAGUCUAAAAAGCACAACAAAAAGGCAGAAGGAAUUGGGGUGAGAAGAAAGUAAAUUCAGGCACUAGUUUUUAAAGUUGCAGCAUUCUUAGAACAAUUAGUUGGCAUAUAAACGAUUCAGGUACCUGCUGAUACACCUGCUGCAAGGUAAGAGUUGAGGGAGAGCCAAAGACAUCUGGUGUCUCCGAAGACCAUAUGGGAUAGUUCUGCUUCCUUUCUGUCCCUCAGCCUGAUAGAAUGGCUGCUGUUAAGUGACAGAUACUUCACGUUAGUACCAAAUUAUUUUUGUCUAUCUUUUAUAGUGUCAGGUUAGAUAAGAUGCCCAGUGGUUGUGCUGAGGUCAUGAAGUAUGUUCUUGAUUUAAUCAGUGCUAUGCGGAUUAUUAUUAUUUGAAACUAAAUGCACAAUUGUUUCAUUUUUGAUUUAAGUAUUUGACUUGAAUUUAACUAGUCUUUAAAGUUAAUAACUCUGCAGCCUUUCUGCACAAAUCUGACAUUUUCUUGUAGUGUAAUCCUUCCCAUAUUCGUCUAGCACAGUAAGUUCAAUGGUACUCACUCUGUAGCAAUUGUGCGUAGGCUUGCAUCAUUAGCAGCUCAGCUGUAUUUCAGCAGACGGGGACAAUGCUGUCUUCUAUCUAUGAGAAACUCAGUUGCUUCAUGCACUGUGGAUUCCAUCAUGGAAAGCACUUUGGAAAUUGCUGUAUACAAAGGCUAUCCAUCUUGGUUGCCUGGACGUGACUCUUAUUCCCUUCAGGUGACCAGGUUUAUGGUUAUUUAGAAGCCUGGAGGCUAAAGGAAAUGCAGUUGUACCUUGGAAGUCGAACAGGAUCCAUUCCAAAAGUCCGUUCAGCUUCCAAAAUGUUCAAAAACUGAAGUCGCAGAAGCCCGGUCGGACAUUUGAGUUCCAAAAGAACGUUCACAAACCGGAACAAUCACUUCCGGGUUUGGUACGUUUGGAAGCCAAAACAUCCGAGUUCCAGGGUGUUUGGGAUCCAAGGUACAACUGUAAAUGUUUGUGGCACAUCCAGCAAAGUCAAAACUGCUCUUCUGGCUACAGUGGAACCCCAGGUUAUGUACCAUCCUCCUUACGAAUGCUUCGGGUAACGAGCUCCGCUAAUCCGGAAGUAGGUGCUCCUGGUAGCAAACUUUGCCCCAGGAUGUGAGCAGAAGUCGCGUGCCAGGAGCGCAAGGCCCUAUUAGCGAAAGCACGCCUCAGGUUAAGAACGGACCUCUGGAGCAAAUUAAGUUCAUAACCGGCGGUACCACUGUACUUCAAAAGCAUUCUACAUCCUAGUUUGCCACAAACAGCAGCGCUAAGCCAUGGUUUGACUUAACAUUGCAUGUGAACCGGGACUUGUAGUUUGCCUUUCUCCAAACCAACCGUGAGCUGCAGCCAAGAAUUGUUCCUCGCUAACUGCACAUGGUUUAUUUGUGGAAAACGCACCAUGAGCCUGAGUUUGCACAUAGUGCUAAGCCAAGCCAUCGUUUUGCUCCAGGCAGCACAGCAGCAGCAGGACCAGAGGAGGAGUGGCUGCGAGUUUUGCUCUGUAUAGCCACAACACUUGCUCAUUCACCCUUAGUUUUGCAUACAAACUGAGCUUUGCCAUCUUGUGUGAAGUUUGGCAGCUGGCUACUGAUCUGAGGCGUUGACUACAGGGUAAAAUGAGUUUUGCUGAAUAAUAUGUACUGUGAAAGUAGAUGAGAGUUACCCUAGUAGUCUCUUGCUUGGCCCUAGUAGCUUUUGCAAUUAUAAGUUUUUUAAACUGUGUUUAUUGUUGUAUUUUAAAUUGUUGUAACUCGUCCUGGGAUCUGAGGGUAAAGAGCUGGUAUUAAAUUAAAAUAAUACAGUACAUUACGUGCCCUUACCACAGCAAAAAGCCUGAUACUGAUGAAUUGGAAAAAUAAAAAUGCAUCUCCCUUCUACGAUUGGAUUGAAGACUUUUACAAACUCGCAACGUAUGAACAACGUGCAUAUAAAUGCAGACUUGCCAUGGACAAAUUGAAUUGAUAUUCGGAAUCCAUUCUUACAAAUAGUGUAAUAGGUUAAGAUCUUGUGAAGUACAAUAACAACCUUGUAAAAUUAAAAUAAUACAAUACAAUGAAUGAAUUGCCUGCAGUUGCUUCUUGGAGGAAGGUUUGCAGUUGUUAUUCUCAAGGAAUAGGAACUAGGCAUAAAAUCAAACCUACAUGCAAGCUCUGGUUCUAAAAUUGAAGUUCUCAAAAUCUUAUGGCUUGGCAUUGGGUGGGGAAACCCUGUGAUAGAUUACACACUUUUCUCCCUAUUAUCUUUGCAUGCUUUGCUUUUGACUUGGUGGCAAAUGGUAGUCUGCCAUUACAUCUAAACCCAGCAAACCAACACCUGGAUCCUUCCUAGAAUAUGGCCAGAAACCGUUAAAUCUAAAAGUGUGUGCUUAUGUGAAUGCUGCUUGUUUCCUUUGUUAGCUGUGCUGUUGGGGAGUAAGCGUGGAAAAGGCAGAAUUCACCUGAAAGCUUUGCUGGGAAGGAGAGGAGAGGUGAUGGUGUGCUGCAGAGCUUUCCAAACUGUGUGUCACGUGAAUACUCCCCAUGCUCCUCCCAGGGCUGGAAAGGGGUUAGUUUAACCUCCUGUUUGCUAAUAGAACUGAAUUCCCAUGUUGCAAAAUUAUGCAUGCCAACGUGAAAAGUUUAGAAAGCUCUCAUCUGCUGCGAGGGUGGGGAAGAUGUUACACUCCAACCCUGAUCAACCCCAACUGACAUGGUCACUGGUCAGGGACGAUGGGAGUCUAGCAACAGCCCCCUCUUCCACACACACCCCAUUGUUGUGUAGGCGAACUGCAACUAUAAAUUGGGAAGUGGAGUGUGGCUGGCCAUAGUGCAUCUACUGAGUUGCUUGCAAGUCUACAGCCAAGUCCAGAAAUGUCACCUUGACCAACACUUCUCUCACUCCUCUAAAUUGUAACCUGGACAGAGAAAGGGGUUUAGUCACGCUGGUGUCAACAGCUCUGACCUUUGACUUUCUAACCGAGGCUUGUAGAGAGGGGGGGAGAGAGAGAGAGAGAGAGGGAACUGAGAGGGACAAACAGAACAGCUGACCUGAUCAAAACUGUUGUUUGUCGAUUGCGGCAGAGCUCAGUAUGGGGAAGUGAGAACAAGAAGCUGACCUAAGUACGUGGCUCCCUUGAUAUGUCAGGAAAGGGAGCACAUUUAAUUCUGGUUUGUGUAAAGUGUCCAGACUUUUUUCAAAGAGGGCCAGUUUUGAAGGGCCAACCAAAGUUGUUGAUCCUUUUUUAGGGUUGAAGCUGUUGAGGUUUUUUUAGGAUUUUACCCCAGGAAAUUAACCGCCACAGGGGCCAGAUUACACCGACCAGCGGGCUGGAUUGGGCCCCCGAAACGGACUUUGGACAUGCCUGGUGUAAACUAAUGCUGUGGCAAUUUCCUGCCAACACAGCUUUUAGAUUCCAUGGCUUUAGUUACCUCUGUGACCCCCGAACCCUGCAGAUGUGUUGCACAUCAACAGGCCUUGGCCCAUCAAAAGUCCAAAAUAAAUCUUAUUGCUGCUGAGCAACAAGUAAGUGGCCGACGGUCCUAUUCGUGGCUUGUUUUUAACUGUCUCGGGUUGCUGUUGAGAGGCUUGCCAGCAUCGAAGGUGUUCCUGCAUAAGUGGUAACUGAAGGACGUGCCUCCUUAGAGCAGAAUCUCAGCACAUGGCGGUCUCUGGGAAAGGGCAGGUUCAGCUUUUGGCAAUCGGUCACAAACGCUUGAAAAACAGCAUACAGAGUGAAAGGCUAAAAACUGGGCAUGGUGAUGGGUGUGCAUAACUGCCUGUUCUUGGCUUGAAGUAGCCAAGGGGCAUUGAAAUGGACAGUUUCCCCACUGCUACCACACAGUGCUAAUGGAAAUAGGCCCCCAGUGCUUGCUGUGUUGAAGAAGGCCAUUGGGUCAGGUCAAGAUCUCGUAGAUCAGCUUUUCCAGUCUUGAGCCCUCCAGCACCUUGUGAGUUGUUGUCUGGGACAUCUGGGGGGCACCAGGUUGGGAAAGCCCAUGGUGCACCGUUCUUGUCAAUCAGUGAUGUGGAGCCUGUGAUUUUCCAGACGUUCUUGGAUUCUAGCUCUCACGAGACCCAGCCACCAUGGCCAGUGGUCAGGGAGGAUGGCUGGGUCUCAUGGGAGUUGGAGUCCAGUAACAUUCAGAGGACCACAAGUUCCCCACACCUGUUGUAGAGUGAGAGUUUCUGACUUUAAAUCAUGGCACACAAGCAUCAUUAUGCCAUAGGAACAUACAAGAGUCACAAAGCAGAUUGUUUGAAUGGCUUUUGGACACUGUUUUGUAAAAAAAAUCCUAGUAAAUUAUAUGUGUGGGGUUUAUCUGAGCAAUUAAAACUAUAUAAAUUUGCACAUAAAAUGAAAGCAGUUUUAAAGAGGUAAAAGUUUUGUUUUAGGUGUGCAUAUAAUGCACCAGGCUUCUUGUAUUUCACAUACAAGAGCAAAUUCCUCAGAAUGGUGUUUGCUUUUCUGCAGUUUUUAUAAAUAUGUUUAUUUUAAAUGUAGUUGCUUUUUGUUUUUUAAAGUCAAAAUAUUGGCUUGCUGUUUAAGUAUCUAGAUUUUGCAGCCCUAUUUUUAACUGAUGAUGCAAUGUGUGUGUGUGUGUGUGUGUGUGUUGAUAAUAUGCCAUUGUUUAAAAGUCUGAGAUCAUCCAGUUUGCUACCACUUAUGAUUGAAAGGGCACCUUCUUCACACAUCACAGAGCUAAACUGUUGAGUUCCACAGGAGACAGUGAUGGCCACAAAGUGGAAUGCCUCUAAAAGUGGAUUAGACAAAUUUACAGAGCAUAAAAGCUAUCAGUUGCUACCUGCCACAAUGGCUAGGUUCUGUCUCUGUUGUUGGAAGCAGUCCAUCUCUGCAGUUGCUAGGAAUGGCAGGUGAGGAGAGUGUACUGCUACACUGGACUCCUGCUUUUGGUUGGCCACUGUGAAAACAGGAUGCUGAGCUAUUCAGCUCUUAAGCUCUUGAGCCAGUGUGGUGUAGUGGUUAAGAGCGGUAGACUCGUAAUCUGAUGAACCGGGUUCACUUCCCUGCUCCUCCACAUGCAGCUGCUGGGUGACCUUGGGCCAGUCACACUUCUUUGAAGUCUCUCCGCCCCACUCAUCUCACAGAGUGUUUGUUGUGGGGGAGGAAGGGAAAGGAGAAUGUUAGCCGCUUUGAGGCUCCUUCGGGUAGUGAUAAAGUGGGAUAUCAAAUCCAAACUCUUCUUAAGUUAUUUUAUGACCAGGGAGUAAUUGGGGGCAGGGGGAGAUUUAGAAGGGCAACCCUGUACUUGAUUACACAGAAGUAAGUCCUGUUGAGUUAAAUGGGGCUUACUUCCAAGUACUAAAAAAUACUACCUCCAUUACAUGGUUUCAGAAUUAAAUUGUUCAAUGAGAAAAGCAUAUUAGCCCUUCCCUGCAAUGCACACACCAGCAUGUGCAUACAAGCUCAUGCAACUGUAUAUUCAUGUAAAAGGGUUCCCUCUUAUCAUUAUAUACCUUCAGGGCGGUGUACACUUUGCAGAAAAACAGUCACCACAAAUGAGAAUUCUCUGUUAAAUGAAGGCUGAUCUGCCGAGCAUUUGCCUUACAUAAAGAAAAUCCCUGGUUCGAUCUCUGGCAUCUCCAGCCAAAAUAAUUUGUUAGACUGCCUCUUUCAAACUUGUUUCCCCAGAUGUUGGACUACAACUCCCAUCAUCCCUAGCGACCAGGACCAGUGGUCAUUGGUGAUGGGAGUUGUAGUCCAACAGCAUAUGGGGACCCAAGUUUGAGAAAGGCUGGGUUAGCAGGUAAAUUUGAUGGACCCUUGCCUGGUAACCCUGAGACACGCUAUCUGGCAGAGUAUUUAUUAUUUAGUAAAAGCACAUGCAAACCACCAGCAAAGCAGUUUUUACAGCUUAGGCAAAGAUGAGGCUGCCUUGAGCUAUAUGUAUGAGCUUACAUCCCAAUCACUUGGCACUGGGGCGGGGAGUGGGUUUCAAGCACAGUUCCAAUGUGGCAGCAGUUGUUCAAAGGGGAAAGGUCAAAAAUCCCACCAGGUACGCCCAGUGAAAUUUGGCCCCAGAAAACAGCUGAAAACUUAAUGGGCUAAGUGGGAGGGGGUGCUAUUGACCACUUCAAAAAUGAAAACAUUCAGACAUGGCAAAACACAACCUCUGGGUUUCUGCCAAUCCCAUUUGUAUAUGGCACAAGCCUGUUGUGCUCCCUGUCCCGUAUUUGCUUUAGCAGACUAGAUCUUUAGAUAUGUGACUUGACUGUAAACUCAGGGAUGGAGUCCUCCAGUGAACCCGUUAUGAAAUGUCCCUGCGGUAACUGGUACACUGACAACACUUCUAGGAAAACUGGUGUUGUUCUGCAAGUGUUCCAUCGGUUGGCAGCUGUAAUAACUGACAAGGCUUGGCUCCAGGACCUUGAUUAACGGCUGUUUAAUGUGGGGCGUAGUCUCAACUGGUGACUCUGCCCGUGAUCUGCGGAUAGUAGCCAGAUUUCGAAAUACUGCUACUGAGUUGGAAGAUUAUUUAGCACCAGUUCCUCCGUGCUGAGUUUGGAAAAGCCUUUCCUCACCACACGUACACACAGAGCCUCUGUUUUGUUUGAAGAGGUCUGUUUCACUCGGCUCAGUGAAUUGCAGAAGUGACUCCUUUCUUCCAAAUGGACUACAAGGUUCACCCUCCCAUUUCAUGCUCACAACAGCCCUUUGAGGUUGGUUAGGCUGAGAUCCACUGAUCUUCAUGGCUGAAUUGGCUUUUGAACCCAGCUCUCCCAGGACCUAGCCCACACACUAUGCUUUGAGCAGGCUAAAGCAGACACAUGGUGCUUUAUAAUGUUCGGAGCACUUCAUGUUCAUUACAUCAAUAAUCCUUGCAACAGCGCUGCAAAGUACGGCAGUAUUUUCCUGGCAAGUGAAACUUGCAACAAAGCAUUGCAUUAUGUCCUAUCACCUAUUGUAUGUCCUGCUUCCCAGGGUCAUCUGUUUGACCACUGAGAACAGGAUGUCGAACUAGAUGGGCCUUUGUCCGAUCCAGCAGGGCUUCCCUUACUUCCUUAUCCUUAUCCCCAAAUGGGAUGUUCAGGGUAGCCAGUCUCUAUCCCACUUCUCUGUUUUUCUUCUCCAGCUGACUGUCAGCAUUCCAUAGCUACUGAGCACACUCAGGCCUCAAUUUUUGGAGGGUUGCACCCCCUUAAUAGUCUAAAAUUCUUGGCUCUCACAGCCUGCAGUUCACAAGAGGAGCAGGUAGCAGUUUGCCUAAAGUCCACUGAGUAGGUUUCUGGCUGAGAGCAUUUCUGGCACGUUGAAUGCAAAUUUGUGUAAUAAAACCCUGAUGAUCUUUUUUAUUAUUUUAGUAAAGGGGAAAGCUGCUUCAGUGUGUGUGGGGGGGGGUGAUUUUUGAAUGGAGAAGCGAGAAGGAAGAAAAGACGCUGAGUUUCCCCUGCUCCAAUUGCUUCAACUCCUGCCUGUCGUCUUCGCCUUUAUUCACCUAUUUGGAGUGUAGCUAGGACCAAAGUGAGACUUGAAUUGGGCUCUUCAAGGCUCACACUUACAAUUGUUGCACCAACUGUUGCUAGGUAUUGACAGUCAAUCCAGAAAAAAGAUUUCAUUGACUGAUGGUGGCUUUUGGAGAGUGUGUUUUGUUCUUUAAAACUGUAUUUGGGGUCAUCUUUCUUCCAUCCAAUCCUAAGUACACGUUUUGAGAUUUGGCUGCUGUUUAUAGAUAUGCCUCCUUUUAAUUCUCUCUGGAAGCAACUGCCAUCUCUACCACAUGGCAGAAGAUAGACAUUUAAUUGCAUUUGUAUCAGAGAUGGGGGAAAUAUCUCAUUUGCACCAUAUGAAUCAGCCAACUUAUUGGAUAUAUUUAUUCAUUUUUUAACUCAACUCAUGACUUCACAUUGGCAACUGACCCCUCUGUUAAAUGCCACUAAGCUGUCAAAGGGUGAAGACAGAACUCUGAUAAUGCCCCAUACCAGCUUGAAUAGAGUUUGUGUAGAAGUACAAAGGUAUAUUUUACAUUUGUUGUUCUGCCCACUUUUACCUCUGAAUCAGAGGCCCCCAGAAGGGAAAGUGGCCGUCCUUCUGAAAAAGGUUCCCCACCCCUCUCCUCCUCUCCUUCCAGUUUUAAAUUAACCACAGUUCCCUGUAAUUGAUUUUGAAUUGAUUUUAAAAUGAAUUGAUCUUAGAAUGUUGUGUUACUUUUAUUGUUGUUAGCUGCUCUGAGCCUGGCUUCGGCUGGGGAGGGCGGGAUAUAAAUAAUUUUUUUUUUACUAUUAUUAUUAAUGCCCAUACUUGGUAUAAGCAAUGGUUUUGAACAUGGUGGGCCAAAAUAGGUGCUCGAGAGGAGAGUGUGCAAACCUGAUGCCGUGAAAUGCAAGAGUGUAGUAUGGCCUAUAGCACUUGGAUGAUGAACACACUUUAACAUGCCUACCCCUCUGGAAUUUGUUUCCAGACCAAAAAGUCCUUCCUUACCUCCUCCCCGGGAUGAAAGCAGUGAUUUGUGGGUGUCUCUCUUUCCUAGGUACACGCAUUAUAUACGACCGCAAAUUUUUAAUGGAGUGUCGGAAUUCUCCAGUUGCCAAAACACCACCUUGUGACCUUCCAGACAUUCCAGGUGUUACAAGCCCAGCUGUCGAAAUCCUUGGGACCGAGACCAAUCUCAUCCACGCUGAGGAGGAGAAGCAACCAGGCUUAGGUGAGUGAUCUGUUUCUGUGUCCUAAAGUGCCAUCGUUUUAAUCACAGGUUGCACUGAUCUUACCCAGCAGCCGGUUAUGGUGGUCCAUCAGGAGCGCCAUCAACCCUGUGUGUUGUUGCCUGCCUAGGAUUGCAAAAUAAGAGAAUUAGGGAGACCCAGGCCUGGGUGAGCACCUGGAAUCCAAGGGCAAGUGCAGAGUUAUCAGAGCUCCAUUGGAGGCCCCAAAUAUGUGGCCAGUGGACUGUGUUGAGUGAGCCAAAUGUAAUGCCUUAAGAGAAAAUAUUAUGAAAAUGAUAUACAGGUGGUACAUAACCCCAGUCAAGCUUGCAAAAAUCUAUCAUGUGCCUGAUAAUAAAUGUUGGAAAUGUAAAGAAACUGAAGGUACAUUCUUUCACCUUUGGUGGACGUGCCCAAGGAUUAAGGCUUUCUGGGAGAUGAUUUAUAAUGAACUAAAAAGGUAUUUAAAUAUACCUUCUUGAAGAAACCAGAGGCCUUUCUCCUGGGCAUAGUCGGCCAAUCGGUGUUAAAAAAGGAUAGAACUUUCUUUAUGUAUGCUACAACAGCAGCAAGAAUACUUAUUGCAAAGCAUUGGAAGACAUAAGACUUACCCACACUGGAGGAAUGGCAGAUGAAAUUGAUGGACUAUAUGGAAUUGGCGGAAAUGACUGGCAGAAUCCGUGACCAGGGAGAAGAGUCGGUGGAAGAAGAUUGGAAGAAAUUUAAAGACUAUUUACAGAAAUAUUGCAAAAUUAAUGAAUGUUAGAAUGAUGUUGGAUUGAAGUUAAGUGGUUUCUAGCUGUACAGGUACAAAAGAAUAUGGAAAAAUUGGUUUUUAAUAUGUAAAAAUUUAAAGUUAUGAUAUAUCAAGAUUAAAGAUUAGGAUUAAAAAGGAGGGAAAGGAAUUGUUGGAUUAACAAAUUGAAUUGGAAUACAAAAGAGGGAGGUAUGAGGAGGUCCGGAAACAAGUAAAUGUAAAAGAAGUAACGAAAAGAUGGAAUUGUUUUUAACUGUGUUUUCUUUUUUUCUAUUUUUCCUUUUUAUUGUUAAUUUUUUUAUUAAUGUGAUUUUUCAUCUUUUGAAACUUUAAUAAAUAUUAUUUUUUUUAAAAAAAAAAGAGUGAGCCAAAUGGGUCUCAAAUUGUUCAUUAAAAUGAGAUAGAGGUGUUAAAAUGUGUGAGAGCAGGGGUAGCAAAUGCGGUACAUUCCAGGAAUUGUUGCACUACAACUCUCAUUAUCCCAGGCAAGCAGGACCAACAGUCAGGGAUGAAGGGAAUCUGUAGUCCAGCACAUCGAGAUGAGAACUGGUAAAGCUACCUGGAAAUGCAAAGGUUAAGGGUACCUUGCAAGGUUGCUUUCCCAUAGCACAAUAUUGUUCAAGCCAAAUGAAUAUCAGCUUUUGAGAGAACACAUUGUUCUCAGUUGCAGGCAAAGAACAUUGAAAACUUUUUCUACCACCUGACCAUCCUUAUCAAAGGUGGCAAUGCCAUUUGUUUGUUCAUAGUCACGCUGAAAAUAUUAAAUGGAUUAAAGGCUGCCAACCUUUGAAGUCAUUCCUUUUUCCAGCUGUCUCAAGGAACACAUUGUGUCCAGAACUAGGUGCCUUAAAUCUUUGGACACUUAAGCAGUAGGUAACAUCAAGUUAAUAUAUGCAAAACUUGGAAUUCAUCAGCAAUUUCUUUUUCUUUUGCAGGUGAGGAAGCCCAGUUUGACAUGGAUAUCUGAAAACCUACCCCCUGAAAUAUAUCUAUGCAUAUAGAUAGACACACUUUUCCAGUGAAGAUGUGAAAUCGGUGAUGCUUCCAAAACAAGUGGGGCUUGUAGAAUAGCCCACGCUUUGCAAAGCUUUCCAAGAUGGAAGGUCUAUUAAUUAUUAUUACUUUUCUGGGAGGAAGAGGAGAUUUCCUGUUACAUAAGGACUGAAAACACUUGGCAGAGCCUCUCUGUGUUGGUGGUGGGAAGGUGGCCAGUGAGGAGCAUUGGCAUGGAGAGGUGGAACGCUCUGUGCAAUUCUGGCCCUUGAGUUCCAGUGCCUUUGUUCGUGAAUGUCUGUGCUGCCAAGCAAGGCAUUGGAUGCAAGGACAGAUAUAAAAUUAUGCUGGAUCUAGGGGAUUAAUACAGUGGUGGGUCACUCUUCCAAUCACAUCACUUGUCUAUGCAAUGUGCUCUACAAUUGUUAUCUCAUCACUGUUCACAAGAAAUGAGAUCAACGGAUGCGGUGCACAAUUAAGUUGUUUUUGUAAAUUGACAGAACAACUUUCUGCCUUAAGCUUUUUUGCAGCACAAGCACCAGUCCAGCACUGGUAUCUUGAUAAACUUCUACAAAUAGAGUGGAAAAAGAGAGAGCCAUGCUUGUUAAAUCGGUUUUCCUGUUGUCUUAUCUGUAGCAGCUUUUCCUAGUACCAUACAAAUUAAUGGCAUGCUGGAAUUAAUUAGACAUUAUCAGCAGGUUCUGGUCAGUUUCACUCUGGUAGAAACACUUCUUUUAAAAAAAAUCCUGAAUAUGUUGGAGAGGGCAGGAUCACUCGCUUCAAAGAGAGGUGGGUUUUCAAAAACUAUUGGAAUGAGAAAGUAUUGCUGUGGGAAAGUGGGUAGCCUGCUAUCUUUCUUACUUUUUAAAGGGCUGCAUACACAUUCAUGGAAAUCUGUACACAUUAUUCACUGUACUUUAAAAAUAAAGAAAUAAAACUUUACAAUUGCUCUAAGCUUUGGAGGAAAUGGUUUCCCAUUAUUAGUAAUGUUGUACAAACUAUCCAAUCCAAUGGGCGCCUGGGCUAAUCAUACACUGUCAAAGAACACAUAAGAGCCUUUUCUAAAUUGCUGCCCUCCAUAUGCUGUGGACUACAGUUCCCAUCAGCCCAGGCCAGUGCUUGGGAAUUGUGAGAGGUGUAAUCUGUCAGCAUCUGGAGGGUAACAGGAUCAUAGAUAGUAGAUCAUAGAAUUGUUAAGUUGGAAGGGAUCAUCAGGGUCGUCUAUGCAAUGCAGGAAUAUUUUCCCCAGUGUUAGAAACUGAGAUAUGAAAGCUAAGAGCUACAGUAAAUGGCACCUUAAACCCAGGUUAUGGGCGCAACAACAGAAUGUCUGGGCGCACUUUUCUUUAUAGAACAGGAAAACAAAGCAGAAAAUGAAUGAACUCAACUAAAAUAGUAUGUUCAUUUUUCACAUGGUCUAGCCCUUCCUCUGCCCGCCCCCCCCUAAUAUUCUUAAGAGGGUCUCUUCUUCAGUCUUCAGAGAGUAGCUGGAAGUGGGGAGACAGGAAAAGGUCCUCCUUUCCUUCCACUGCAGUUUUAAUCUGAAAUCUUUGCCGCAGUGCUCAGAAACUGCUCGUGCUAAUGAAAUUCCCUGUCCCAAAAUGCUCCUAGAACGAUGGGAGUUUCAAACACUGCUUUUGCCCAAUGUGGUUCCCCAUCCCUGAAUUAGAAUAUAUCAAUCUUUCCUUGGAAAAUGUAUAAGUUUCACACGCACACACACUACACUAUAAAUGGCACAAUUCUAUAAGCCAUUUUUUUAAAUGAUUCUGCUACCAUAGAUUGUGUUUCCUGUAACUGAUGAGAGAUGGAAUUUUAGUGAUCUGUUUUUUUCUUUGUUAAAAGCAAAAAUGGAGAGAGUCUAAUAAAGAGAUUUCAAGGAGUUUAGAAAGGCUAAUCUGCUAAUGGCAUAAAAAGCAACAGUUGACAAAACUUUCAGAUAUAUAUGUACAGUGCUUUUUUUCUGGGGGGAUGCAAGGGUACGCAUACCCCUAAACAUUUUGUGAAUCUAAGUUUGGCCUCACUGAGGGGCAGUAUUUCAAUAUGAGCAGGAAAAUGUACCCCUAAACAUUUUUUUAGAAAAAGAGCAGUGUAUGUGUGUGUGUUUUAGGUGAGCUAUCUGCCUUUGUGCAUUCUCUUGUGAAAAUGUCCUGAAUUUCAGUUGCCUAAAGGGCAGAUUGAAACCUUCCAGCAUGUUAACACUUAAAUAGCUGUCAAGACAAUAGAGUAAGAUGCUAUUUGUAAAUGAGUGUGAAGAAGUUAGCAGCAAAAUCCUGGAUGGUUCUGUUAGUUUAGGGAAGCUUUUGAUGUUUAACAGACCACUGUAUUUUAAUAUUUUGUUGGAAGCCGCCCAGAGUGGCUGGGGAAACCCAGCCAGAUGGGUGGGGUAUAAAUAAAUUUAAAUUUAAAAUAUUUAUUUAUUUAUUUAACGUAUAUUCUGCCCUUUGUCCAAGACUCCAGUGCAGCUGCAACAAUAAAAUAUUAGCAUCAAUCUCAAUAAACACAGGACAUCAAUCCAGUGUAUUAGAUUUCUGCUAUACAACCAUCACUUAAAAUUAAAGAAACUGGGUUUUUUCCCCCUUUUCUCCAGGGAAAGGGGGGGGGGAAUCCCCUUCUUUUAAUUAUAUCUCCCCUUCUCUUUCUACUCUACUUUUCUGACAUCUCUUAUACUUUCACUGACAUCUUUUAAUUAUCACCCAUUUUUAUUUUUUACUUUCAUUUUCAUUAUUUAUUACCAUUGUUAAAUAUUUCAAUACACCUUUUAUCUUUUACUUCACGCACACUAUUACAACUAUUUUUCUCCCUCCCCCCUCUGCCCACCUACACAUGUGCUCUUUUUCGCUCUUCAGAAUAUGGCAACCCUGGGCUAUGCUCACCUGGUUUAGCCAGCUAAGCCAGAAUGAAUGAUUAUAAAUGGUCAGACUGGUGCCAAAUGUAUUUCCUUUCCUCUGGACCACAUUACUGAGGCUGAGAAGGGGGUCUUGUCAUCUGGGCAGCCCAGGACCUCCAUACACACUGCCCACGCUAACACAGUGGUUUGACUUCAGCCCUGGAAGUCAAUUACCUCUUGAGGCAGAUGAAUGCAACAUAAUGGCUUGCAAGUUGCAAGAACUUCCAUAAAAUCUCCAGCACUGCACUUCAAAUAUUCUUGUUUGAAAGAGCCAUCAAAUGCAAUUUUAUAAUGCCCAAGUCAUUUACUACAGGCUGGUAGCUUAAACAUCUUGCCAUUUCUUUCCCUCUGUCUCUGAAAUCUUCCUUUAUGUAUUUUCUCCAUUUAUCCCCCCCCCCUCUUUUUCUUUUUGCAUGUGUUCUCUUACCCCUUUCCUCUUUCUUUCAGUUUAGGAAAGGUUCCAAGAUAGUGGUCCCUACAGAUGGGUUUGGGGAUGGGAGGACCACUUAGUACAUGGGUAGGCAAACUAAGGCUCGGGGGCCGGAUUCAGCCCAAUCGCCUUCUAAAUCCGGCCCACGGACGGUCCGGGAAUCAGCAUGUUUUUACAUGAGUAGAAUGUGUCCUUUUAUUUAAAAUACAUCUCUGGGUUAUUUGUGGAACAUAGGAAUUUGUUCAUUUCCCCCCCAAAAUAUAGUCCAGCCCCCCCACAUGGUCUGAGGGACAGUGGACUGGCCCGCUGCUGAAAAAGUUUGCUGACCGCUGACUUAGUAUAAAUAAUGUGUUAUAUCAGUGGUGACUGGUGCCCAUUGGUUCUGGUAGGACGGAAAGGAGGGAGGCCAACAGCAGGGGGAGCCAGAGCUAAUGAGAAGUGGAAGUACUGCAAAUGGAACCAACUAUUUCUAUUUUUGAGCCCCUCCCUGCUGAAGUCUACAAGGGCAACACUGAGGCAAAGGAGAAGGAAGGCAACCCUCCGCUCCUUGGACUGGUAAGACAGGCAGAUGGGCACUGGCUGAGGGCAGACUGCAUUUGGUGGGGCAGGGCUCCAUUCACUUCACUGUUAGAACUACCUUAGCACCAUUAACAUUUCUAAGCAAUGUAUAUAAAACUACAAACACACACAGAGAGAAAGAGAGAGAGAAUAAGAGCAAUAAAAAUUAGUUACAAAGCCGCAUCAAAUGCUAACUUAAAAUGCAAGCUGCAAUAGGAAGUUCAUCAAGGAGUGUGCCUGCCUAGGUUCAAGUGGGAGGAAGUUCCACAGGCUUGGGCCCACAACACUGAACACACAGUUUCUAGUAGUUACAAUCUGGGCACUUGAGCCAUGGGGGAUCACCCAAAGAGACUCCCCCAAAGUGACCUGGCAGGAAUAUAAGGGGUUAAGAUGAUGAGGAAGGGAGACACUAAGAUAUGCAGGGCUCCAGUUGGUAUGCUAAAUCAGGGGAGGUCAGAAGGCAGAUCAGGGAUCUACUGGGAGAACUCUAGGAUGAUUUGCAAAGGUUUCCAGCUCCCUAUGUUUUAACAAUGGCAACAAAAACAAAGCCUGCCUCCCCUUCUAAAUGAAGCUGCUGCAAUCAACAAGGUUGGUGAGAAACAGGAAUAGAUAGAUAGAUGAUAGAUAGAUAGAAUUUUGACUCUGCUUUAUAUUUUUUAGAAGAAGAAAAAUACCUCAAAGCAGUUUAUGACCUAAAUUAAAGCAUCCAAUAAAGCAUUACAUAAUACAGUGGUAACUCAGGUUAAGUACUUAAUUCAUUCCUGAAACUGUUCUUAACCUGAAGCACCACUUUAGCUAAUGGGGCCUCCUGCUGCUGCUGCUGCUGCGCCGCCGGAGCCCGAUUUCUGUUCUCAUCCUGAAGCAAAGUUUUUAACCUGAAGCAUUAUUUCUGGGUUAGCGGAGUCUGUAACCUGAAGCGUAUGUAACCUGAAGCGUAUGUAGCCUGAGGUACCACUGUAUCAAAAUAAAAGAUUCCAGAUAAUGGUCAGAUGAGAAACCCACAUUUAAAGCAGGAUUUAAUUAACAGGAAAACAAAACUUCUCUUAAACAUAAAAAAUUAUGGACAAAAGUCAUUUUCAAAAUACAAUUAUCUCAAAAUGCCAUAAUAACUGAACAGAAUCGGUGGAAACUGCCCCCACACUCACCCCCUGUGACGGUUUCCUCUCCUCUGCAUCCAAAGCAAACAUUUAGUCUGCAGAAUUGCAUAGCAGUAUAUUAAGAAUCGGAGGGACGCGGGUGGCACUGUGGGUUAAACCACUGAGCCUCUUGGGCUUGCUGAUCAGAAGGUCGGUGGUUCGAAUCCCCGUGGCGGGGUGAGCUCCCGUUGCUCGGUCCCUGCUCCUGCCAACCUAGCAGUUUGAAAGCACAUCAAAGUGCAAGUAGAUAAAUAGGUACCGCUCUGGCAGGAAGGUAAAACAGUGUUUCCGUGCGCUGCUCUGGUUUGCCAGAAGCGACUUAGUCAUGCUGGCCACAUGACUCAGAAGCUGUACGCCGGCUCCCUCGGCCAAUAAAGCGAGAUGAGCGCCACAACCCCAGAGUUGGCCACGACUGGACCUAAUGGUCAGGGGUCCCUUUACCUUUAUAUUAAGCAUCAUUUAUAAGCAGCUCAUUCAACCACUUUCCAUCUGGAAGGAUUAGUGUGCAAGCUUUGGAAUACCAAUUCAUGCGCUGAGCAUGUGCUCAGGUUUGUUUUAUUUGCUCCACUUCUAUCCUCCCUGUCCUCCAAGGGAGAUGUAUGUGGUUCUUCUCUGUCCCCCAUUUCAUUCUCACAAGUGGUUUUCUGCUUGUUGGUUUCCAGCGGGAUGAAGAGGUUUUAUUCGCUGGGAAGCUUGCUGUCUUCUUGAUGAAUGUUUGGUUCCAGUCAAGGUAUUAUAGGAAGACAUGAUCAAGGCAAACCAGUGGCUUUUAUAGCUCAUGAUUGUCAACACUGGCUGGCUCCUAAAGAAGAUUGGCAAGUUAAAUUAAUGGAAUAUGCUGAAAUGGCAAAACUGACAAUGACGAGGCAGAGAUGAUAAAGAAUUUAAGGAAGAAUGGAAGAUGUUUGUUGCAUAUAUACAGAACCAUUGUCUCCUUCUGUAAUCUUCUUGGAACUCUAGCCCAAUGGUUGCCAUUAAUUUGAUUCUGAAUUGAUUUUAGAAUGUAUUUCAAUUAAUUGAUUGUGAUUUUAUGUAAACUGUACUAUUUUUACUGUUGUUAACUGCUCUGAGCCCGGCUUUGGCUGGGGAGGGCGGGAUAUAAAUAAAUUAUUUUUUAUUUUUUAUUAUGUUAUUUUUUACUGUUGUUAGCUGCUCUGAGCCAGGCUUUGGCUGGGGAGGGCGGGAUAUAAAUAAAUUAUUAUUAUUAUUAAUAAUAAUAAUAAUAAUAAUAAUAACAAUAACAGGUUAAUACACUAGCAGGGUUUUAAAAGUACUUGUAAUUUUACAAUGAAUGGAUAAUAGGUGAUUUAAAUAUGUUACAAACUUAACAAUGGACAUGCAGUAUGACCACAAAUAAUGGAACCAGGGAAGGGAUUAGAGGGAAGUUGUUUUGUUUUGUAUUUGUAUUGUGUUAUUCUGUUUGUUUGUUUGUUUUUAUUUCUGUUAUUUUUGGAAAAUCAAUAAAAUAUUAUUUUUUUAAAAAACACUGGCUGGCUCCAGCUGUCCAGGGUUUCAGGCAGGGGGUGUUCCCUACCCCUACCAAGGACUGCUGGGGAUUGAACAUGGGACCUUCUGUGUACAAAGCAAAUGCUCUACCACCAAGCUAAUGGCUUUACCCCAAACCAACAAUGCUUGUGUUGCAUUAGGAUGGGACUCCUUUGUCCCCCGUGAAGCAUUUUCCACCCAAUCAUGGCUUAUAGGCGCCUUCCAUUUAUUUCACUGGGACUUAAGCAUGGAGUGGUCAAUAAACUGGGGAUUUACUAUCAAUCCGAACCACAAACUAGCUUAACUGGAUUAUUCCGAUUCAACGGGACUUAACAGGGCUUAAAUCCAAAUGCUGUUGACUCAAUGAUGUUGAGAUGAGCAAGGCUAUAGUUUAGCAUUGUGCAACAGUGCAGUGAAAAUUAACCAAUUCCAGCAGAAGUUGAAGACAUUUUGAUACAUCUAGGCCUUUGGAAGGAGCUGCAGUUGCAACUUUAGGCUGCUGCAAUCCUUACUCUAAUUACCUGGGAGUAAGCCCCAAUGAAUUCAAUGAAACCUACUUCUGAGUAGACACAGUUUGGGUUGUGCUGUUGGGCAUGAGCAUUUUAAUUAACCAAAGGUGACUAGGGUGACUAGCAACAUAAAAGCCAAUGAAAUUAUUAUAUCCAGUAAUUAGAUAUAAUAACUGUAUUGGGAUUUGUGUCGCUAGUCUCCUUAGACACCUUUGGGUAGGAAGGGCAGGUUACACACUCCUUCAACCUCACCCAUAACUACACACCUUGCUACAAACAGGGCUAUGACAUCUCUCACAAAUAGUAUUUUGAAUCUAGGGGGGGCGGGAAUUAAAUGAAGUUGAGAAUGCAGGCAAUGAAAAAGGAAGAACAAGUCUAUAUGGAAAGGAAUCAUUAAUCAAAACUCUGGUCCCCUCUAGAAAUCUUUUUCAUGGAUUAUUUGUGCUCAUUAUGAGAUCAGUGCAGUCAUACGGUGAUCACACUUCCAUUACUGUUAGCACCUGCAAAACCUUAGGAGUGGACACUCUGCUUCAUUUCCAAGUGGACCGUGUCCCAGAGCCUCCUGAUGCAAUCCAGUAAUUUAUCACAAAUGUUUGGGGAGCAGCAAUUGCCCCUCUGGUUGCACUAUAGUGCAAGAGUGACACCCCCCUCCCCAAUAAGAUGGCAACAAUCUGAUUGAGAGAGCAUCGCAGAUCAACGAUGCAGAACAGAAUGAUGGAUGGAUUGUCCAGUACUGUAUAUAAAUCCAUCACUAAAGCACUCUUAAUCUUUCAAUGACAUGUUGUGGAAUGUACCUGGAAAAAAAGAACAACCAAAAAUAAAAAACCUCACGAGUCUGAAGGAACUUUAAUUGUUUACAGUCCUUAGUACAGUGGUACCUUGGUUUACAACUAUACAGUCAUACCUCGGGUUGAAGUAGCUUCAGGUUGAGCGUUUUUGGGUUGCGCUCUGCGGUGAACCGGAAGUAACGGAGCACAUUACUUCCGGGUUUUGCCACUUGCGCAUGUGCAGACGCUCAAAAUGACAUUACGCGCAUGAGCGGAAGUGGCGAAUCGUGACCUGCGCACACGCAGAUGCGGGUUGAGUUUGCUUCAGGAUGCGAACGGGGCUUCGAAACGGAUCCUGUUCACAUCCAGAGGUACCACUGUAAUCCAUUCCGAAGGUCCGUUCGUAAACCAAAACAGGUUGUUACCCAAGGCGUGCUUUCGCCAAUGGGGCCUCCAAAAAAAAUUUGUUCGUAAUCCCCCCAAAAAGGGUUGUAAUCCAAAAAAAAGUUCGCAAACUGGGACACGCACUUCCGGGUUUGCCAUGUUUGUAAUCCAAAACGUAUGCAAACCAGACUCUUUGCAAACCAAGAUACCACUGUAUAUUAUAGGUAAGCUUGUGGGAAAAUUCAAGUAAAAUCGCUAAAGGAGAACUCACUCUUGAACUGAGAAAGUCUGCAUGUGCAUUUACAUUGUAGCCACAUCAUACACAAUAUGUUUCUGUAUUUGAUUAGAAUAUGACCUGAAGUUUGAAGGGCUUUCUCUUUUUAAAAUUUUAUUUAGUUUUUCAGAGUUUAAAAAAUUGCAAACAAUUAUCAAACCAUCAACAUAGAAAGGGAAUUCCGAAGAAUCUCCUGGACUUCCCUCCUCCCCUUUGUGGGUUCUUAUAUUAACCUUUUCCUCCUGCAUCCUGUCUAAUAGAGAUUCAAAUCUUUUAAAUCUCCAUUAUACCCAAAAUUCAACAUUAAGCUACAAGUGUUAUUCCAGUCCUACUAAUAAUUUUAAUUGUUUGCAAUGGUUUUUAAGGUAAAUUAUAUAUUUUCCCCAUUCCUUCUUAAAAUUUUGGUCUUCAGGAAGACCAUGAAGUUUGAAGGGCUUUCACAUAGGAGAGAAAUGGAAAGACACAAUAUUAGGAUCUACACAGAAUGAAAUACUAAUAACAACUCUUUUUUCACUUUAAAGACGAACAAAUUUAUUGUGUUUGAAUCUUAGCCACACGAGGAAGCAUCCUUUAUACAUGGAUAUAGAAAAGUAAAAAGCUGUGAUCAUCAGGGUCAAGUUGUCAUAAACGUAAAAAGUAGAGACCGAUAGUAUUCAAUCAAAGCUUAUAUGUAUAACAAAUAAAUUCAUUGAACAUAGAUAAUAAGAGUAAUUGGUGGUAGCAUAAUCCCCAUAACUCAUGCAGUGUCAAUUAAUGCCUGUAGUGAGACACAGACAUGGGGGGGAUAGUAUUAGUAUUAUUGCAAAGCAAAGGAUAGAAAAAGAACACAAAUACUUAGCCCUAUAAAGGGCUAAUUUCAAAAUGAUUAAGCAAGAAAGCAAGCAUAGGUGAUAUAAUAAUUAAUGGGAUAGUUUUAGUUUAGUUUAGUCGUUUAGUCGUGUCCGACUCUUCGUGACCCCAUGGACCAGAGCACGCCAGGCACUUCUGUCUUCAAUUAAUGGGAUAAGGAACAUUAAAGUCAAAAACAAAAGAAAGAAAGAAAGAAAGAAAGAAAGAAAGAAAGAAAGAAAGAAAGAAAGCCUCAAAUCCUUGAUUAAAUAAUUAAGGCAAAGAGAAAAACCUAUACAAUUUUAGGAAAUCAUGCAAAUCUCAGGCUCAUCUGAAGAACAUUUACUUCUCAGUUAUCCAAAAAAGGAAAAUCUGGGUCAAUCAGCUUUCUUCUGAAUUCACCACACAGCCUCAUAUCAGUGCAAUGUUAUGCUACCAAUGCAUUCCUGUUCACCAGAGAAUUUUGAUGACCCACAUUUCACACGCCCAAAAGGCAUUCAAAGAGGUGUGACAGCAAUUUAUGAAAAAAAUCAACACUGCUAAAAAGGCCUCUAGGGAAAGGAAGAUGCUAACUGGUGCUCAAUGGAGUCCAGCUUGGCAGGCAUGUAUUUCCCUGGCAGGGGGCACAAAGCUCAAAAAAAUGCAUUUGAAAGCAGGUGUGUAGCUGGGUUAGUAGCCUUUGCUUAGCACAUCCCUGCUUCAGAGUGAGAGUAAUGGCACUUGCGUGCAUUUACAUGCAAAUGUCUCUCAUCAGAUCAUCAGCACUUCAAACAUGUUCCUACAUGCUAAAGGUCCAGCGCAGUUUGGGAACAUUUGCAUCAAAGCUAGUCAGGCCUUUGCCCCUUAAUCCUCAAAAUAAUCUGCCUUGUCUGGGUGUGUAAGAUUUAGGCUCAUUAUUGAUGAAGUGGAUGAGGAUCAUACCACAUCAAGUCAUCAUAGCCAAAUCCUAAGUGUACUGCUAAUUUUUAAAAAUGGCUUCCUCUGGAUUCAGAAUGUCAAUACAUGAGAAUGCAGAAAUAAGAGAAGCACAAGGUGGGCUGAGUUGGAUAUCUCUCUAAUGAUCUGAUCUAACAACCCUUAUUUUCCUCCCUCAGAGAAAUGCAGAUUUAAUGUUUAGAUGUGCUAGUCCCUUCUAAGUAUUUUGAAUAUUCCUUUAUUUUUCUGAAUUUCCCUGGUGAGGGACCAGCAGGAUUCGAAUUGCACUGGAAUAACAAAUGUAUAUUUCUUCCAUGCCAUUGUUUUCUGAUGCUGCUUCCAGUUCAUUCUGAAAACAAUGCCUGCUGUGUGGUACGUCUGCAACUUCUUCUUUUUCAAAGCCAUCACCAGUGCUUUUUUUCUUUAAAAAUGUUUAGGGGUACUCUCAUUUUGACUCAAGAAAAUCACCAUUUUAUAGUUCAAAUUGGGGAAAAUAAAUACAGUAAAUGGACAAAAGUACAAAGAUUCACAAAAUGUUUAGGGGUAUGCGUACCCCUACAUACCCUCAGAAAAAAAGCACUGGCCAUCACUAUCAUUGUCUCUCAUAUUUAUUUGACUUAUUUAUUUAGUCUAUAACUGACUAAAUAACUAAAUACUGCUUAAUAUGCUCAGGGUUGUCUCCAAGGCUAGUCUUACUCAAAGUAGACCCAUGGAAGUUAAUGGACAUGAUUAACUUAGGUUAAUUAAUUAAGUAGAUCUGUUAAUUUCAGUUGGUCUACUCUGAGCACAAUAGAGUUGGAUACAGCCCAUUAUCUCGAAAUGGAAGAGCAACACAUUUAUCACAAGGUGGAAACAGAGCCUUACAUGACACCUAUAUGCAUGUUGGCUCUAUAAGCCAAAAAGCAGGGUAUCUCAUUGUGUGUUAAGACCCCACCAGCAUACAUCUGUACAGUGGUACCUCGGGUUACAGGGAUGUGGGUGGCGUUGUGGGUUAAACCACAGAGCCUAGGACUUGCCGAUCAGGUCGGCGGUUCGAAUCCCCGCGAUGGGGUGAGCUCCCGUUGCUUGAUCCCUGCUCCUGCCAACCUAGCAGUUCGAAAGCACAUCAAAGUGCAAGUAGAUAAAUAGGUACCGCUCCAGCGGGAAGGUAAACGGCGUUUCCCUGCGCUGCUCUGGUUUGCCAGAAGUGGCUUAGUCAUGCUGGCCACAUAACCCGGAAGCUGUACGCCGGCUCCCUUGGCCAAUAAAGCAAGAUGAGCGCCGCAACCCCAGAGUUGGCCACGACUGGACCUAAUGGUCAGGGGUCCCUUUACCUUUACCUACCUCGGGUUAACAUACACUUCAGGUUACAUACGUUUCAGGUUACAGACUCCGCUAACCCAGAAAUAGUACCUAGGGUUAAGAACUUUGCUUCAGGAUGAGAACAGAAAUUGCGCGGUGGCAGCUGGAGGCCCCAUUAGCUAAAGUGGUACCUCAGGUUAAGAACAGUUUCAAGUUAAGAACAGACCUCCGGAACGAAUUAAGUACUUAACCCGAGGUACCACUGUAUACCUAUUGAGUCUGUUUUGACCUUCCAAUAACUGUUUGAAGGUAGGCAGUAGUUUGAGCAGGUGUGCUUUCAUAAGAAUUGAAACACAGAUGCUAUGGUGGUCAUCUGCUCUAACCUCUGGAUGUAUCAGCAGCACAGGAUGCAUCACUGCCAGAUGUUUCUGCAGCAUCUGUUUAAAUGCCUCUGGAGAUGGAGAUCCCACCCACCCCCGAGCCAGUCUGUUCCACUGUCAAACAGCUCUCACCACUGGGAUCUUGCUCUCCUAACAUUUAGCCAACAUCUGUUUCCCUACAUGGUCCAUGGAUGUGGGCCACAAACAUAAGGCUAUGGGCAGAAUAAGGAUAGCAGUGGAAGUCUGCCAAUCCCUGCUUCCCAUAAGACUGGUGGUCUCAUGUUGUGCACCCCAGCAUAGCUGCUUGAAGCCAGCUAGAGUGGCAGGUGUCACUAACACUUCUACACUGAAGGGAAAGGGGACCCUAGAUGCAUAGGAGGAAUGUAUGGGGAGGUCACAUGUGUGACACAGGCUCUUACUAAGGCUGCGCUGCUCAGGUGGGUGGCAUCCAGCUAUCUAUCAUCUAUCUAUCUAUCAUCUAUCUAUCUAGUUUAACAAAAACAGAAAGGGGAGAAGCAAAAAAAUGGGAAAAGGAAAAAAGAGUGGCAGACGAAAUUAAUGGACUAAGCAGAACUGGAUAAGAUGACAGGGAGAAUUCAAAACCGGCAGGACCAGAAAUGCUUGAAAGAUUGGAGUAAAUAUACAAACUAUUUGAAAAAACAAUUGUAUUAAAAUUGACUACGCUCAUAGGAUUACAAGAGGUUUUGUAAGGAGAACUAUAUGAAAUAUUGCAGUAAAAUUUAUGAUAAGGGACUUUAAGUUAUGACUAUUAAAGUAAUAGUGAAAAUAUUGAAAUGCAAGGCUAAGUGAUGAAGGUUGAAAAUCAUUAGAUGUGGUUGAUGAUUUGGCUAUAAGUCCUAGGCUUAUAGCCAAAAUGUUGUAUAAGAGGAGAGGAGAUGUUAUGUUUUGUUUGGAAAAUAUAUAUAAAAACUAAUAAAAAUAUUUUUAAAAAUGGGGAAAGGAAACAUUUGCUUGCAUUAGAAAUGCAAUGACCAUCUAAUCAUCCAUCUCAUCCUAAACAUGUAAGUCAACAUAUAAGUAACAUUUGCCAUCCAAAUGUCUUGAUAGAUAUCUGAACAAAACUGAAACAAAAUAUUGUACGUUCAGCAGCAGCAAAGGGCAGUGAGGUCCUGGAACCAUUGCAAAAUGGAUGGUGGGUGUUUGUCCUUCCAGGUUUGAAUCAGAAGUCUCUUGGAAACCAUAAGAGCUUGCAAAAACCACUUUGAUCGUCCUGCUGUUGCUCCCUGUCCCACAAGCAUAUAAUUUAAAAGUGCAUGGCCAUCUGCAAAUACCAAAGAUUUCUCUGAUACAAAAUAAAUGUGGACAACUAUUUUGGACCACAAAGAAAAAUAAAUCACACCUCCAACAUCUGUCUGUAUUACCUAUGAAGAUGUUGGUGAAUCCAAUCAACCAAAAGCGUCCGUUGAAUCUUCUUCCUUUUUAUGAGGAAGCCACAACACAACCCCCAUUGGAUCUCUUUGCUUGUGGUAGAUCAGGGAAAUGAACAAAUUCCUAUGCCCCACAAAUAACCCAGAGGUGCAUUUUAAAUAAAAGCACACAUUCUACUCAUGUAAAAACACACUGAUUCCCAGACCGUCCGCGGGCCGGAUUGAGAAGGUGAUUGGGCUGCAUCCUGCCCCCCCCCCCGGGCCUUAGGUUGCCUACCCCUGAGGUUUACAAUUCAAUUCCUAGAUUUGGGGAAGAAGGAGGGGGAAAUAGUGGGUUCAUUCCUUUCUGGGAAGUCAUUUUGGGUAACAGCUCUUGCAAAUGAGCCUCUAGCCACUCCUCAAUUGCUAGAAGCUCACAGUGUGAAACUGCUGUCUGAAUAUGCAGCAAUGUUACUCUCUCCUUUGUGCUGACAGGCAGGCCUCAGGGGUGAGAACCAGACACGCUUUGUUUAUCUGCAAAGGCUGAUGUGGAUUGGAGCUAAUCAGCCUGAAAAACAUGGUGGAUUUGUGGGGAGGCAGUGACAAAACAGCACCUUCCUUCUCACAAGGCUUGCUCCUUUUAAUCCCCCCCCCCUUUCCAAUUUGGGGCCAGUGCAGAUCAUGGUGGAGAAACUGAGAGCUGGGCUCUAUGAUUGAUUGGUCCUAUAAUGUUCAUCCUUUAUCCAGCCACAGAUGUUGCUUGCUACACACCCACACACCCACACACCCACCCUUCUCAUGAACUCUCAGAAUCUGAGGGUUGCAAGGUGGUGAUGUCACAAAUUCAGCCCAUACACUAGCAGAACAGAAAUGCUUGGCUUGGGGAACAGUGGCUCUCUAGACCAAAAAAGCUCAACAAAUAUGUUUUCCUAAAAAAAGCUCAACAACUUUGGUCAAUCCAGUGAGUAGAUCCGCCAGUUUUUUUUAUUGUGGGAGUACCAACAGCUGACCAAUUUGUCAGGAAUUUGUCAGCAAAUGGCAGAAAACCAUGGCUAAAAAAGCCAUCUCUAAUGGUCUGUCACCCCCCCCCCAACUGUAUUACCUGAGUUAUGAAGGUGCCCAAAAGAUAUUAAAGCAAAGAUUAUGGUAUGAUGCACACAGUGACUUGCGAUCUCGAUCACACGCAGUCUGUAGUCCGCUGGCAGUAGGAGUACAAUAUGGGUAUGUCUUUAAGUUAACAUCUUACAUCAAAAACCUGACAGUACCAAACUAUCGAAGGCUUUUCACCAAAGCCAGACUAAACGUCUUUCCUUCUGCAGUGUUGGAUGGCAGGUUGAGAGGAGUUCCCUAUCAGGACAGACUUUGCUCGUGUGCUCAAGACAUCGAUUCCAUAAAACAUAUUUUGUUGCUCUGUGCAAAGUAUGAGCAAGCCAGGGCUGAACUGAUACUACCCUUGCUGGUACCUUUCCCGGGAAAAUCAGAGGCUCACUAUGUCAGGUUCCUAUUGGAAGACCGGACAAACGCUAGAACAUUAGCAGUGGCAAAGUUUUUAUUGGUGGUUGCAAGAACCAAUGAUCCCUAUAUUCUGAACAAAAUGCUUGUUUAACCUGGAGGUAGGCUGUAUGAAUUGUGUAUUGCUUUGUAACGAUUUGUUGGGUCUCUGGACCGUAAUAAAGAUUGAUGAUGAUGAUGAUUUAUUGUGGGAGUAGAUCACAGUCUCUUGGGAGUUGGACAAGCCUGCUCUAGAUAACGUUGGAUGCCAACUCCCCUCAGCCCCAGCCAGAACAGUCAAUGAUCAGGCAUGAAAGGAACAUAGGAAGCUAUGAUUUUAAAAUCAGUUUGAGAACUGUAACUCUGUGAGAGGAAUAAGAGUUUCCCAACAAGUCUCAGCACCCUUAACAAACUACAGUUCCCAGGAUUCUUGCAGGGGAGAGGCAUGACUGUUUAAAGCAGUAGAACAGUGCUUAAACUGUGUGGAGUGGAUAUGGCUAAUCACAGAAUUUUAAGGGAUCUUAGGGGAUCAGUUAGCCCCUUCUUCAUCACCUUUAACUUAGGGCAGGUAAAGUUUCGUCACAUCUUUGCAAAUACCACUACAGUAUUAUUCAUUUAUUCAUUUUGUUUCCUUUAUCCCACCUUGUUCUCCCAAGGAGCUCAAGGGAGCACACAUGGUUCCCCCCCACACACUCCUCAAAUAAUUUCCACAAUGAACCUGAAAGGUAGGUAGGCUGAGAGGCAAUGAAUAGCCCAGGGUGAGCUUCAUGGCUGAGUGGGAAUUUGAACCCUCAUCUUCCCAGGUCUUAGUCGGACUCUCUAACCCAGGAGUAGGCAACCUAAGGCCCAUGGGCCACAAGUGGCCCACAGGGGUCAUUUUACUGGCCAACAAGCCACCCCCAAACCGAGCUGCCCACUCGGCGAGUCCCUGCACACUUCGCUAAACCGGCGGCAGUGCGGCGCGGGGACUCACUUCCGUGGCGCCGGAAAUCACAAUCUGCUCAGACGCAGACACCGGAAAUCGUGGGGGUGCCUGCUCAUGCGCACGUGCAAUCCGGCCCAUGGAGGGAUCUCCGCUGGAGUGAAACUUGCCAAUCCCUGCUCUAACCACUACACCACACUGGCUCCCAAUGUACUCUCAGUAUACUCUCUGAGUACUUUUUUUGAGUACUGCUGGUUACUGAACCAAGGCAGGUUCAUCAACGAACCAUCACUGUACAGUCAAUACAAACUACGGACUACUAGGGAGAAGCUGCUACUGAUUUUAGGCAAGGGGUAAACAAGGGGCAAAGCACACUUUGUUUUUGUUUUUUUAGGUGUCUGAUGGGGAAUUUGUACAACUGGAAAACCAUCUUAAAAAAAAUAAUCUGACCCAAUUCUUUCAACUGUCUCCUCAGGACUUGGAUCCCAGACCACCUGCCAUUUUGGCUGUCCUCUUCUGUCCCAGUUUGUCAAUGUCCUCUUUAAAACAUGCUCAGAACUGGGCAGAUUAGUACAGUCAUGGCUUGAACAACUCAAGGGUGCAAGCAUAUUUCAAAUGGUCUUCCUGGACUGGCUCUCUCAUGGGAAGUGACCCUUAACUCAACUUUCGUCUGGGGCGGGGGUUGGGGUUGGUGAUGAUUAGCUGUUUAUGAGCAUGAAUGAUCUUUCCCCCUUGCUGCAGAGCUCAGCCUCCCUCAGGUGUCUGGAUUCUCACUUUCCAGGAUGACAAGACUCCCUGGGGAAACAGCUUCUUCCCAGUUACACAAACAUCCACUAUACAAAAGACCCCAGACUUAAGAUCAAAGGGCAUGACCCAUAGCACAGUCUUCUGCAUGGUAUCCUGAAAGGGGGGGUGGAAUUUAGCCUUGAGGACAGGGAGCAGGAUUAGGCUUGGCUUGAAAAUAAGAGAUCAUAAACUGCAGUUUCCCCCUUUUUGCCCAGAAUUGGUUUGUUUCUUUUCUUUUUCUUUUAUUACUGCCCCUGGUAAAUCACUGCCCUAUGUUUUGCAGGUUUGGAGGGGUGCCUGGAUAAACAUAAGGAUGUAAGAAGACCCUGCUGGAUCAGGCCAAUGGUCCAUCUAGCCAAGCACACCUUUUCUCACAGCAGAUCUAUAAUACGAUACGAUACGAUAAUCUUUAUUGUCAUUGUCCCAUACAGAACAACGAAAUUGAAAAAAUCUACAUAA